GGUGGCGGUAAGAAGCCAGAGGCAGAGGGGUGACAGGGAAGUGGAGACCCUCAAAAAUCUAUAGUAGGAGUUCCCCGACCAGGGAUCAAACCAGCGCCCCCUGCAGUGGAAGCGUGGAGUCUUAACCACUGGACCUCUACUGAAGUCCCUCUUUCUUGUUUUCAACCUCAGAAAAGUUGGAAAACAUUUAAGUCUCAACAAAUGAAUUCCACACUUGAACUCUGCCGCAUUCCUGUGCCACCUCCUCCAUUGGAACACUGAUCUUAGAACAGAGAGAGAAAAGAGGAAUAGAAGGUAGAAGAAGAUGCUGGGAUCUGAACGUGGCGUUGUGGAAGAAUGGUUAUCAGAAUUCAAGGCAUUACCUGACACUCAGAUCACCAAUUAUGCAGCAACUUUACACCGGAAAAAAACACUGGUACCAGCCCUGUACAAAGUUAUUCAAGAUUCGAAUAAUGAGCUCCUGGAGCCUGUCUGCCACCAGCUGUUUGAGCUCUACCGUAGCUCUGAAGUUCGACUUAAGAGGUUCACACUGCAGUUCUUGCCAGAAUUGAUGUGGGUUUAUUUACGGCUUACAGUUAGCCGAGACAGACAGAGUAAUGGUUGCAUUGAAGCACUACUUUUAGGAAUUUACAAUUUGGAAAUUGCUGAUAAAGAUGGGAACAAUAAAGUUCUGUCUUUUACUAUCCCUUCCUUAUCCAAGCCUUCAAUAUACCAUGAGCCCUCAACAAUUGGAUCCAUGGCUUUGACAGAAGGGGCAUUGUGUCAGCAUGAUCUCAUCAGGGUUGUUUACAGUGAUCUUCAUCCACAGAGGGAAACAUUCACUGCACAAAACCGGUUUGAAGUCCUGAGUUUUCUCAUGUUAUGUUAUAAUUCUGCUAUUGUGUAUAUGCCUGCUUCAUCUUACCAGUCUCUUUGCCGAAUGGGCUCCAGGGUUUGUGUGAGUGGGUUUCCACGGCAACAUGAAAAACACUGGAAAGAACUCUGUGGUCGAAUAGUAUUGGAUCCCGAAUUUAUGGUGCAACUUCUCACAGGAGUUUAUUAUGCCAUGUAUAAUGGACAAUGGGACCUUGGCCAGGAAGUCCUUGAUGACAUCAUUUAUAGAGCUCAGCUAGAACUCUUUUCUCAACCCUUACUGGUUGCCAAUGCCAUGAAAAACUCAUUACCAUUUGAUGCUCCUGAUUCUUCACAAGAAGGCCAGAAAGUACUUAAAGUCGAAGUCACUCCAACAGUGCCGAGGAUUUCUCGGACUGCGAUUACAACAGCUUCAAUCCGUCGCCAUAGAUGGAGGAGAGAAGAUGGCUUUGACUUCUCAAACGAGGCUGACUCGAGUAUUCCUGGCUCCCCGAUCCAACACGGCUCCACUGACCUAGGGAUCAAACGUGUGCAAGAGGGGGAGGUGCUGGUGCGCAGGACUCCUGAGCACGGCUCACCGGAGCCCAACUCAGCAGCAGCCACAACAGAGGGUGCUGAGGGUGUAAAUGGAGGAGAGGAGUCGGUAAACCUGAAUGAUGCAGAUGAAGGAUUUUCAUCAGGGGCUUCCCUCAGCAGCCAGCCAAUUGGGACCAAACCAUCCUCCUCUUCUCAGAGGGGAAACUUAAGGAAAGUAGCAACUGGGCGUUCAGCCAAGGAUAAAGAAACAACUUCUGCUAUCAAAUCCAGUGAGAGCCCUCGAGAUUCAGUAGUUCGCAGGCAGUAUGUACAGCAACCAACUGAUCUUAGUGUAGAUUCAAUUGAGCUGACGCCGAUGAAGAAACACCUGAGCCUGCCUGCUGGCCAGGUGGUGCCAAAAACUAAUAGUAUAAGUCUAAUCCGGACAGCCAGUGCUUCCUCAAGUAAAUCGUUUGACUAUGUAAAUGGCAGUCAAGCAAGUACCAGCAUUGGGGUUGGCACUGAGGGUGUUACUAAUUUAGCAGCUAACAAUGCUAAUCGAUAUUCAACUGUCAGUCUGCAGGAAGACCGGCUAGGUCAAGCUGGAGAAGCUGUUGAUGACUGAAGUAGAACAGGUACGUCUUCAGGUAAAGAGAGGGAUUUCUCAACCCACUUUCUGUGAUGUCAGACUAUUGGAGAAACCCUUUCAGCUGCUUUCUAGAUGUACCUAAAUUCAGUCAGAUAUUUUGGAUUAAGAAACCUGAAGUCCUGAUAGAUCAUAUACUCCAAGGAAAUACAUCAGGGACAGAUAAUUGGCUGAAAACACUGACGCUUCAAUGUGACACAUUUUUAUAGAACAUUUCUACCAGGGGGUACUGACUUGAUUUCUCCUAAAAGGACCACACUGCCUUUGUGUUUAAUGUAAUGCAAUUUGUGUACCUUCUAAUCAUAUAUCUGCAAAAGUUUCUCAUUUUUAUAAAAAAUCAUGCCAGUAAGCUAGAUGUUGAAUGUAUGUAAGUAGCAUUUGGUAACUGUACUAAGAGGCUACAAAAGUGCAUUAUUGGUUUAAAAAAAUUUUUUUUUUAGUUCUGAUUUGGUUGGAUAAGGUUUCUUUAUGACCUUUUCUGGGUCUCAGGCUCUAAUGCUUGAUUGAAAUAGAAGAAAAUAUAUUGGUUUUUGAAAAUCAGUGUAUUGUGACUUGAACUGCUAUACAUUCUUCCACACAGUAUGUCAGAGUGAUUAGUGCUUUGUACAUUUAGACAUUUUUAUUUUAUUGUUGUGAAAGAAAAAUAUACUGAAUUUAUAGAAAGCAAGUAUUCUCCUAAUUAACAAAGUUUAAAAUAUUAUCUCUACUGAUUAAAAUUACAAUAGAUUUUGAUAAAUAAAAUAACCAGAAAAAUGCCUCUUGUUUUUUUCACACCUAAAACUCUACCCAUCCCCCCCCCACCUUUUAUUGUAAGAGGUUUUUGUAAGGGACUUUCUGUUAGAAUCUUUAUAAGAACAGUGAGAUGCUUGUUUGAAUUUGGUGGUGUGUAAUAUUUUUCAGCUCACAUGAAAAUGGAAAACUAGAACCUGAACUAUUACCUACAACAUUGCCAAAGUCCGGGGGAAAGCUAAAAGUUGAUAAACAGAGAUUUGUUGAUUGUGUAUAUAUGUGUGUGUGUGUGUGUGUGUGUGUGUGUGU